UCCUGUCGGGUCACGUGAGGGGCUGGACGCGAGAGCAGGAAUCAUGGCACUCUGGCGGGCAUACCAGCGAGCCCUGACUGUUCACCCGUGGAAAGUACAGGUCCUGACAGCUGGGUCCCUGAUGGGCCUGGGUGACAUUAUCUCACAGCAGCUGGUGGAGAGGCGAGGUCUGCGGGAACACCAGACUGGCCGGACCCUGACCAUGGUCUCUGUGGGCUGUGGCUUUGUGGGCCCCGUAGUGGGAGGCUGGUACAGGGUUUUGGACCGGCUCGUCCCUGGCACCACCAAGGUAGAUGCGCUGAAGAAGAUGCUGUUGGAUCAGGGGGGCUUUGCCCCUUGUUUUCUAGGCUGUUUCCUCCCACUGGUAGGAGCACUCAACGGACUGUCAGCCCAGGACAACUGGGCCAAGCUACGGCGGGACUAUCCUGAUGCCCUCAUCACCAACUACUAUCUCUGGCCUGCUGUGCAGUUAGCCAACUUCUACCUGGUCCCCCUUCAUUACAGACUGGCCGUUGUCCAGUGUGUGGCUGUUCUCUGGAACUCCUACCUGUCCUGGAAGGCUCACCGGCUCUAGGCCCGCCUCACUCCAUUGCCUGCACUUGUGGGGAUGCUGCUUGACCCUGGAGCCACCAGACAGCCUCCUCAGAGUGCGCACAUCAGCUUUCCUGGGGUUCCGUGCCACUCAGAACUUAAUGGGCUUUGCACCCGCCUCCUCUUGAAACCAUUAAAACCCUUCUAAUGGUUUUGUACAACCACCACCAUAAACGUUCGUUGUACUGUAUGGUCUUGUCAACCUUCGUUUAUACUCAUAUCCCAGCAGUGCCACUCACCCCCCACUCUUCAGAGACACGUCUGUUCUCUAACCUUCCCAGCCCUACAGUAACUCCAGCUCUUUGGGGGCCACAGACCCUUUAUGUGGUGCCUCCAGAAGUAUGCUAUUAAAUAUGUAGUCUGAAACCUGCAAAAGCGGUGAGUAGGACGCAGCAGAAACCUAUGGGGCAGUAAGAAUUUCUAGAGCUGGAAAGAAGUCAAGAGACACCAACCCUGAACUUCUUUUACAGAUGAGCACACCGAGGUCCAUAUAAGUGAGGUGACCUGUCCGUACCACCAACCAGUGGCAGAGUGGAAACUUGAACCCACAUGCUAUAGGUGAAUGUUUGUAUCCCCUCCAAAAUUCAUGUUAAAGACCUAAUGCCCAAAGUGAUGGCAUUAGGUGGUAGGGCCUUUGGGAGGUGAUUAGGUCAUGAGGGAUUAAUGUCCUUCUAAAGCAGCCCCAGAGAGAUCCCUCACCCCUUCCACCAUGUGAGGACACAGUGAGAAGGUACUUUUUCUGCAGGUCAGCAAGUGGGUUCUCACUAGAGAACCAGCGCCGUCAGCUUGGACCUCCCAGCUUCUAGAACUGUGACAAAUAAAUAUUUGUUUAUAAGA